UCAUCUUCACUUUCACUCUUGCUGUUCGCACUCGCAAUCGUCCAUGCACAGACAUCAUCCCCAUAUCCACCACCAGACCAAGUCCCUCCAAUUGAUUCACCCCAAGUCCAAGCAUGGCUUAAGGAAAUUGACUUGACUGGCGCUCCAGAUAUUCCCUUGCGCCCGGGCAAUCCUCCAGGGUGUGUUAGUAACCCAGUUCCUGAUGAAUGCAACUGGACAUGUCAGAAGUGCCCUGCUGAUGAUCUUAUCGAUUGCAGUGUACCCAACACAUGGGGAAUAACUUUUGAUGAUGGCCCCUCAACUGUCACACCCUCAUUGUUAGACUAUCUGAAAGCCAGCAACGUCCCUGCAACUUUCUUCUUGAUGGGAAGCAAUGCAGCUAAGUAUCCCGAGACUCUCAAGCGUCAAGUGGCCGAUGGUCACCAUCUGGCCUCGCACACUUGGUCACACCAUGCUCUGACAUCUUUGAGUAACGAGCAGAUUGUGGCCGAGAUGAAAUGGACAGAGAAGGUCGUGCUUGAUCAUACGGGUAUGCGAAUGAAAUUUAUGCGUCCUCCU